CCCGGUGUCUGUGGGCGUGUCCCGGUCAGGGUCCCGGUGUCUGUGGGCGUGUCCCCGUGUCUGUGGGCGUGUCCCGGUCAGGGUCCCGGUGUGUGGGGGCGUGUCCCGGUGCCUGUGGGCGUGUCCAUGUCCCGGUGUACGGUGCCGUGUCCCGGUACCGUGUCCCGGGGAGUGUCCCUGUCCCGAGGCGUGUCCUGUUCCCGUGUCCCGGUGCCGCGUCCCAGGGACUGUCCCGUUCCCGGGGCGUGUCCCGUUCCCGUGAGCCGUUCCCGUGUCCCGUCCCCGUUCCCGUGUCCCGGGGCGUGUCCCGUCGCCGUUGCCGUUGCCGGGGCGUGUCGCGGUGCCGUGGGCGGGCGGCGCCGAGGCCGCCAUGGCGCUGAGCGGGGCCCUGGCGCUCCGUCUCGCCUACGCGUCCUUCGGUGCCCUGAGCGGCCUCUCGGCCUUCUGCGCCUGGAGCGUGGUGCCCGCGCUGCGCCAGCCCGGCACGGCUGCGGCCGGAGGGCUCUCGGGUACGGCUCCGGGGGGCACCGGGCCGGGCCGGGAGGGCUCUCGGGUACGGCCCCGGGGGCACCGGGCCGGGAGGGCUCUCGGGAUUACUGGAGGACCUGGUUAAAAGGGCUGAGGUUCUUCCUGUCCGUCGGGAUCCUCUUCUCUGCCCUCUCCGGGCUGGGCUUCUGCGCCUUCCUGGCCCUGGCCAUCACCCAGCACCAGUCCCUGACUGACCCCCGGAGCUAUUACCUGUCCUGCGUGUGGAGCUUCAUGGCGCUCAAGUGGGCGCUGCUGCUGAGCCUCUACUCGCACCGGUACCGCGCCGAGUUCGCCGACAUCAGCAUCCUCAGCGACUUCUGAGCCCCCGGCAGGGUGAGGGGCUGCACGGGGCAGGAGCCCCUCCCGGGGCCGGCUGUCUGUCCGUCUGUCCGUCCGCACAGAGGGGCUUUUCCUGCUGGCUUUUCCUCACUCAUCGCUGCUCGUUCUGGGAGGAGGGAGGGAGGGAGGGAGGGGCUCCCCGAGCCCUCCGUGCUGCCAAAGGGGUGACAGUCCCCACCUUUGUCACUGCCCCGCUCCCGUGUCACCUCUCUGCUCCUUUGUCCCCUCUCUGCUCCGUGGAAGGGCCCGGCUGAGCUCCCAGCCAGGUUCUGGCUCUCCAGGGCUUUGGGGUUUGGGGGCAGCAGAGGAGCACAGCUCAUCCCAAAGCUCAUCCCAAAGCUCCCAGGGCUGGGAAUGCUGCUCCUGGUUUUCAGAAGGAAUGGGGUCCCAUCUUUAACCAUAAAUUCUGUAUUUACUGCUUGAAGCUGCAGCAGGUGUAGGGAAAGGGGGGCAGGGCCUGACCUGCCUAAGCCUCAGGGAGAGGAUCCUGGGGAAAAAACAGGGAAAAAUGUUUUUGUGGAAGCAGGAGGAGAGGAGAGGGGACACAGGCUGCUCAGGUGGCCCCAUGGAUUGAGGAGCAGCUUUGGGGUGAGGCUGGGACGUGCUGGAGUCCCUAAACCCAGCCCCUGGGCCUUGUUCUAGCCUGGAGUUCCCACCUCACAUCCCAGCUUUUUAAAGGAUGCUGUGUGUAAAUAUUCCCUCUAUUUUUACAUGGAUUCCUCCUGGUUUGCACCUCGGGGUGCCGGGGUCGGUGCCACCCUUGCUGUCACCCUGUGCCACCACCACAAAUACAGCCCUCCCUCACCA